UGGGGGCAGCUCUUGUGACCUCCUGCCCCAGGCCCCCAGCACCAUGACGGUUUCAUAUACCCUGAAAGUGGCGGAGGCCCGCUUCGGAGGCUUCUCCAGCCUGCUUCUGCGCUGGAGGGGCAGCAUCUACAAGCUCCUCUACAAGGAGUUCCUCCUCUUCGUGGCCCUGUAUGCUGUGCUCAGCAUCACCUACCGGCUGCUGCUGACCCAGGAGCAGAGGCAUGUGUAUGCCCAGGUGGCCCGGUACUGCAACCGCUCUGCGGACCUCAUCCCCUUAUCCUUUGUGUUGGGUUUCUACGUGACGCUGGUGGUGAACCGCUGGUGGUCCCAGUACACAAGCAUCCCGCUGCCCGACCAGCUGAUGUGCGUCAUUUCGGCCAGCGUCCACGGCGCGGACCAGCGGGGCCGCCUGCUGCGCCGCACCCUCAUGCGCUACGCCAACCUGGCGUCCGUGCUGGUGCUGCGCUCGGUCAGCACGCGCGUGCUCAAGCGUUUCCCCACCAUGGAGCACGUGGUGGACGCAGGUUUCAUGUCCCAGGAAGAGAGGAAAAAGUUUGAGAGCCUGAAAUCCGACUUCAACAAGUACUGGGUGCCCUGCGUCUGGUUCACCAACUUGGCGGCCCAGGCCCGGAGGGAUGGGCGUAUCCGUGAUGACAUAGCUCUCUGUCUACUUCUGGAAGAGCUGAACAAGUACCGUGCCAAGUGCAGCAUGCUGUUCCACUACGAUUGGAUCAGCAUCCCCCUCGUCUACACCCAAGUGGUGACCAUAGCUGUCUACUCCUUCUUUGCCCUCUCCCUGGUUGGCCGCCAGUUUGUGGAGCCAGAGGGAGGCGCUACCAAACCUCAGGAGCCUCUGGAGCCAGACCAGGAGGCUGCCCCCGCCUUAGGAGACCUGGACAUGUACGUGCCUCUCACCACUCUGCUGCAGUUCUUCUUCUAUGCUGGCUGGCUCAAGGUGGCCGAACAGAUCAUCAACCCCUUUGGUGAGGAUGAUGAUGACUUUGAGACCAAUCAGCUCAUAGACCGUAACUUGCAGGUGUCCCUGCUAUCCGUGGAUGACAUGUACCAGAACCUGCCCCCAGCCGAGAAGGACUUGUACUGGGACGAGGACCAGCCGCAGCCACCCUACACCGUGGCCACAGCGGCCGAGUCGCUGCGGCCUUCCUUCCUGGGCUCCACCUUCAACCUGCGCAUGAGCGACGACCCUGAGCAGAGCCUGCAGGUGGAGGCGUCCCCGGCUUCGCCUUGGCCCGCGCCCGCCGCGCAGACCCCGCUGCUCGGCCGCUUCCUGGGCGCAGGGGCGCCCUCCCCCGCCAUCAGCCUCCGGAACUUCGGCCGCGCGCGAGGCGCCCCCCGGACCCCGCAUCUGCUGCGCUUCCGGGCCGAGGAGCGCGAAGACCCCGAGGCCGCGGCCCGCAUCGAGGAGGAGGAGGCGGCGGCGUCCGGGGACGAGGCCCUGAAGCCCUGAGGGGCUGCCCGUCCGCCUGCCUGUCCCGGGUUACCCCGCCCGCUUCCCUCCGCCCACUGCCACCUCCCCACCGUGCCCGGUCCUGCCCGCCAGCGCUGUUACAGCGGCUUUCCCCGUGUGCCUUGAGCCCGGACCUUAAAAGAGAAGACGGCGGGAAGGGCCUGAGCCAGGGUGGGAAUGUGUCCACUUUGGCGGGAGAGAAGGUAGGAUGGGUCGCUUGCGGGAAGUGAAGCUAGAAGGAUAAAUGAGACCAGGCACAAAGGACAAGAUCCCAGGUGCACGGUUAGCUUCUCAGCAGCCGGGAGCUAGGCCAGUGGUUCUACUUUGAGGGAGCAUCAGCACCACCGAAGGUCUGGUCAAAAGGGUGCUGGGCUCCACUCCCAGCGUUUCUGGGACAUUAGAUUUGGGAUGGAGCCCAAUAAUUUGCAUUUCUAACAAGUUCCCAGGUGAUGCUGUGCUGCUGGUCCGGGGAUCAUAACUUGAGACUGAUGCAUUAAAAAAUGUUUGGAAGGAUAAUAUACCUUACCCUGAUAACCUGCCUCAGAAAAUGGGCCAGUAUGUGUGCUGGAGGACUUUUGCUUUAGCUGUAAUGUUCAAAUUUUUGUUUACAAUGAAAAUAUAUUCAUUU